AUGCGGACGAUUCUGAGGACGGUUCAACGUCCUCAACAACGGAACAACUUUGUUCGCAGAGCUCAGACGAGGAGAUUCUACGACUCCGCCGCUUCGAAACGACCGUUAUUACAACGAACCUCAUCAAUAUAUUCCCGAUCGCAGGCAAACCAAGUCCGACCUUUCUCCGCGACCUCAACUUUCCAAGCGAUGAAAGAUCCUUAUGCGACUUUGGGGGUUGGAAAGAGUGCCACCGCAUCCGAGAUCAAGAAGGCAUAUUACGCUCUAGCGAAGAAAUAUCACCCAGAUACGAACAAAGACCCCAGCGCAAAGGAAAAAUUUACAGAUGCCCAGUCUGCAUACGAGUUGCUCAACGAUCCCCAGAAGAAGGCUACAUAUGACCAAUAUGGAGCAGCGGCUUUUGACCAAGGUGCUGGAUUCCAUCCAGGCGCUGCGGGCGAGCAUCCAUUUUCCGGGGCCGCCGGAGGAAACCCUUUCGCGGGAUUUGGCGGAGGCUUUGGGGCGGAGUUCAACUUUGAGGAUCUUUUUGGCGCAUUCACUGGUGGCCGUCGCGGGCGAAGGAGUGGUGGGCCUUUCCAAGAAGAGAUUUUGGUUGGCGAGAACAUCGAAGUUCAGACGAAUAUAUCUUUCAUGGACGCUGCAAAGGGUGUCUCCAAGAACAUCACCAUCACACCUCUAGUGCAAUGCGGCACUUGCAAAGGUGACGGAUUGAAACCAGGGUCUUCAAGACAGCAGUGCAAACGCUGUAAUGGGACUGGCACUAGGGUCCAUGUCAUGCAGGCCGGGUUCCAAAUGGCAUCUUCUUGUGAUGCUUGCAGUGGAACCGGAGUGGUCAUACCGAGAGGCUCCGAAUGCAACACAUGUGCUGGUAAUGGCGUGGUCCGCAAGAGGGAAACUGUCGAGGUUGAUAUUCCAGGCGGGGUGGAGGAUGGAAUGAGACUACGAGUGGCUGGUGCUGGUGACUACCCGCCAACGGGAAUGUCAGCAAAUCCCAAAGCUCGAACCCAGCGUGGAGAUCUGUACGUUUUCAUUCGAGUAGCGCCAGAUGCCAGGUUCAGCCGGAACGGAGCCGAUAUCCUCCACACAGCCUCAAUACCUUUGACAACAGCGCUGCUCGGAGGAGAAGUGGUCGUCCCGACACUCGAUGGAGAGGUCAAAGUGAGAGUUGCAACGGGGACAUCUACAAACGACAGGAUCACACUACCCGGCAUGGGUAUGAAGAGGCUGGGUGGACGUGGUGCUGGUUCUUCUGGCGACCUCAGGGUGGAGUUCAAAGUUCAGAUGCCCAAAUAUUUGACGGCCAACCAGCGGACAAUCGUCGAGAUGCUGGCUGAUGAGAUGGGCGACAAGACGGCGAAAAGAAUCAUGAACUUGGAUAAGUUCAAGCAGGAGCCUGCCAAAGAUACCAAAGCAUCGAAACCGUCCAACAAGGCCGCGGAUCACAAGAAUGAAGGAUUUCUGAAAUCCACCUGGCAUCGACUUACCCACCAACAUGACAAUCUCGAGGCGGACAAGCCAGGGAAAGAGAAAGAAGCAGAACCGCGCGACGAGGAUGAGCCAAAGAAGGCAUCCGGAUCCGGUUGA